AUGGAGAGUCCUCAUUAUCCAUCUGCAUAUCUGCCUAAUGGUAAGUUCACGCACGUACUGCGGUCGGUCGAAAAGAAAUACUGUACUGAAAAUAGUCUUCAUGAGCCAAAUGAACUAUUUCAGCUAGAAGUCGCAUUCCUCGUUUCUCUUGGCGACAACCCGAAAUAUGGAUCGAAUAUUGGCCUCCUACGGAGAUAUUUCAAGGUUCUCCUUCCCACUGCCCCUGCCGUGAGUGUGGACCUGGCAACGGGCAUCGUCGCUGUCAGUCACCGAGAAAACCUGCAGUAUGGAGAGAAUAUUGGCCUCCUACGGAGCUUCUUCAAAGUUCUCCUUCCCACUGCCCCUGCCGUGAGUGUGGAGCUGGCAAUGGGUACCGUCGCUGUCAGUUACCCCGCAAUUAGUGGCAUUGGUGUUCGCCUCAUGCUGUUUUUCCUCUUUGGAGCGAUAAUCUUCUGCUUUGGCUACAAGCAAGCUCUUAAGAUACUAACGGAGAGGGCUGCUUUGUAUAUGAAGGAAUACUUGACUACGUAUAAGGAUGAGCACCGUGCCGAAAAUAUUCUGGCAGUUGAGACCUGGAAUACCAUGAUGAGGGAAGGAGGUUAUCACUGUUGUGGACUCAACGGCUACAGGGAUUUUACAGACAAAUUUAAAAUGCCAACGCCCUGUUGUUCUAUGGAUGAUAACGUCCUGGCCGAAUCCUGUAGCUACAACACUGCAGCCGCGAUGUACCCGGCCGUACCGGGUUGUACGGGAAAGAUCAACAUUUACUUCGAGCUCAUCAGACCCCGCUUCACAGUCCUUGCUGUCUCUCUUCUCAUGCCUCCGGUAAGAUUCUUGAGACAAAGCUUUCUAUGGACGAAACUAAAUUUGACAGUAAUAAAAUUUUAA